AUGUCACUCUCCAAGAAUUCUCUGGAGUCGAUGCACAACCUGUUGAAGAAGGGAGACAAGUACGUCAAUACGAAGGAAGCGAAGAAGCACAUAAAAGAGCUCGAAUGGCCUAAACCGAUGCUAACUCCCUCCAGCAAGAGAAAUCAAAGUAAGUAUUACCAUUUUCAAAAAGAUCACGGACAUGAUACCGAAGAAUGUCUGCAGUUGAAGAAGGAAAUUGAGCACCUACUAAGGCGGGGACUAUUGGCUAAGUAUUUAAAAAAUGAUAGGGGCAAGCAAAGGCUCGAGGAUCGACCCCCGCCAAGGGUAAGAGUGAUAAAAAUGAUCAUCGGUGGCGUAGCAUCUGGCGAUGACUCAAAUUUUGCUGGGAAGAGCUAUUCGCGUUCUGUGGGGGUCUGCUCUAUCCAGAAAAAAGCAAGGUUCAACCAGAGCAUUACUUUCGACGAAAAGGACUUGAUCGGUAUAACGCAUCUCUAUGAUGACGCCUUAGUGAUAGUAGGCGAUAUAGCGGAUUUUGACGUGAAGAGGGUACUAGUUGACGGGGGAAGUGCGGCGAACGUCCUCACCUGGAAUGCCUUCUUGGGUCUAAAAAUUCCCCCCGAGAAGUUAACGAUGGUGACUACCCCUCUACAAGGCUUUGGAGGAGCAACAGUGAUAUCGGAAGGAACUGUGGAGCUUCCAGUUACGCUAGACACGUAUCCAGCGACAAUGGUGAUUGUGACUAACUUCUUGGUUGUCAAGACCCCAUGGCCUACAAUGCCAUCUAUGGCCAGCUAUUGCUAA